AUGUUUCAGAGCUUAUUGUUUUCUUCUUCUUUGGAGCUUCGUGCUUCUGCUGCUGGUUUCAUUUCUGCUGUUGCUACAUGCGAAUUUACGCUGAAACUACAAAGCUCUCAGAGCAGAGGAGGGCUUUUGUCGGAGCCAAUAGUUUGGAAGUUUUUCUGGGCGAGAGAGUCAUUAGGCAGUUCGGACUCAAUCGAGCUGUCCCUGCCUCCUGCUUUGGCAGAGAUGAGUGGGAGGAGUGUGGAGUCAGAAUCGAUGAUCGAAAGAGUUGUGUUAAGCAAAUGGCCUGAUUCCGCGGUUGACUAG